CAUUUGCUUGUUUCUCCAAUCAAGAACUCUAAACCGAAGACAAAAUUAGCAAGUAGUGCAACUAUUGGCCACCAGAGGCCCUUAUUCUUGGUGUCUGUUUUUGGCUGAAUUUCGUUCAUAAGCAUUGGUGAUCUCUCUAUUGAUCGCUGACUGUGAUACGCACUGACUUUGGCAUUAAUAACAAUAGUGAUACGACAUCAGCGAAUGUAAUCCGUGCUUUUUGUACGUCACUAAUGACGAAUGCACAUGCGCACGCUUGGAUAGUUUCGUUGACAGCGCUAUGCGGCCAGUAAAGAAAUUAUAGAUACGACAUCAAAAUGAUAGUACCCCUUCCAUAGGAGUUGCUGGCCAUGUGUAUACCGUAUGCAUACGUUCUACGUAUACGAUCGUUGAGAGUCAAGCUGCGUUGGAUACGUGAAAAAGCUUUGGAAAUAUAUAGUACUUGUCAAAACAAGCAAAAAUGUCUUAAUAAACAUAAGUCCAACUCUAAUGGUUUUUGAUUUAGGAAGAUGUUUAAUAUAUAAAACUAUAGUUUAUAAUAAACCAACUACAUUGUUAUAUGUGUUGAUACAAAGAUUUGAAAACCUGAUGCCAAGAGAUAAGAGAAAUACUGGGGAUCUUUCAAUAUGUUGAACUGUGUGUUGAAAUGAAUAGGGAGACAUAGUGAAUAUAUGGUAUAAAGCUUGUAUCUUACUGACAGAAGCACUUUAUAACUCAGAAAGAUUUUAAUAAAUUAAUAUAUUUAAGAAAAUGAAACGAGCACGUAUAAAAGCUAUGGUUACUGUUCCAACCCGAAGGAAGCCAACACAAGAUGUAUCCAUUAAUGAAGACCCUAAUUCAAUUGAACACAAUGAGAAAAAUAAAGAUAUAUCUAAUGACAUUUGUAUAACAUCACAACAAAUUCCAAAAGAUGUUUUCCAAGAAACACAAAUACAAGAUGAUACAAAAGAUGUGGAUGAUACAAAAAAAUUUAUACACCAAAUUCAAGAGGUAGGAGACCAAAAAGAGAAUGAGGAAUUACAUGUUGAUAAUCAAUGUAGUGAAUAUAAGGAUGACUCUACAAAAAAUUUUGAAAAAUCUAUGAAAGAAAUUGUACAUUCCCCAGAAGUUUUAAACACAACACAAAUUAAUUCUCCUAUAAAAUUAACACAAAAUCGGACUGGUUUUAUGAAACCAACACCAAAAUUCGAUAAUAGUAAUAGAAUAAGAAGGAAUAGUAUUCAAGGGAGUGGAGCAAGUACAAGUGAAUCUGAAGAUGAUAGUAGGAGACUAUCAUGCACUAUUGCUAAUCAUACUAGGAACGAUUUAACGCAAUCAACAAAUAAUACAAAAGAUGCAGUUACUAAUAAUAUCAAGAAUAGUUUAAUAACAUCCAAAGUAGGACAAAAGAGACGUAUUUUAGUUUCAGAAUCUGCAAGGAAACUAGCAGAAGCUAGAAGGGAAUUUCAUUUAAAACAUGAAAAUAAAACCCCAGAUAGAAGCAAACUUACAAUGUAUGAUUUAAUUUAUUAUAAUCCUGUUACUAAUCCCAUGAAAAAGUCUAAAGACUCUGCCAUAUCAACAAGAAGAGUCUCAGAAUGUCAAUCUGAAGAAUUUCAGGAAGAAGAAAAUGAAGAUGAUCCAUCAUCUGCAAUGCCAGUACCUCAAGUAAAAGUUGGACCGAAUGGUGAAUUAAUAAUAGAUGAACAGAGUCUUGUUAUAGAGCAAACUAAUGCAAAGAAAAGUAGGAAAGUAUUAGCAAAAGAAGCUAUUAUUGAUGAUGAUAAUAAUGGAAGUGGAUUUUAUAAAAAGCGUCAGAAAAGUAAAGAAUGGUCCGCACGAGAAACUUUAAAUUUCUAUAGGGCAUUAAAUACAAUUGGUACAGACUUUUUGUUGAUGCAAAGUCUUUUUCCUAACAGAACGAGACAGGAAAUGAAGAUAAAAUUUAAGAAAGAAGAGAAAGUAAAUAGACAUUUGGUUGAAAAAGCUCUUGCAUAUCAUCAAGAAUUUGAUACUGAAAUGCUAGAAAAAUCAUUAGCUGCAUUUGAAACUUCAGAGAAAGAACUUUUAAGUAUAAAAGAAAAACGUAAACAACAAAGGAUGAAGAAGAAUAAAAAAUCAAGGAAACGACGAAUAAGUAAAUUAGCACGCAGUAUUGGGAUUGAAAGCGAGACUGAUAGUGAAGAAGGAGAAGAAGGAGAAGAUGAAGGAGAAGAAGAAGAAGAAGGAGAGAAAGAAAAAUGCAGCUUGGAUUCAAUGGUAUACAAAGAAAAUACAAAAUCAAAUGGCAAAUAUCAACAAACAUUAAAUAAGACAAAUAAAAAACUUUAUAAAAGACCAAGAGAUGAGGAAAAGUUAUUGACUGAAAGAGAUGACAUAGAAUCAUUAAGUUCAUGUAACGAUGUUGACAGUGAUACUGAAGUUUAUCGUGUAAGACCAACAAGAUCUGGAAGAUUACCAAAAGUAAAAAAAUUACAGGGACCUGAUAUAAAUACGUUUGAUAAUGAAAGGUUAAAUUAUUGCUCUAAUGAUCAUGAAAUUACAAUUUCAUCAGAAAAUGAUGCUAAAGUUACAGAGGAUUUAAUUUUUGACAGUAUCAAUUCAGAAAUUCAUCAUAUAGAUCCUCUUAAAACAGUUAUACCAAAUAUCGGUGACGUAGAACCAGGAUCCCUUGUUAUUUUGUCAAAAGAAUCUCUGGAGGAACCAGGUAAAAGUGUUCUGCAAGUUUAUAUGGUUAGUUCGGACGUUCAUCCUUAAGAUUUCGAGGAACCUAACAUACAUAUUUCACCAAAACUCUUAUAAUUUGCAACUGUAAUCAUUGACUAUCAAAUGUUAAAUCACUUUCAGCAAAAAGAAUACUUAGUUUAAUUUACAUGAAAGUUUUUAGAUUAACUUAGUUUAAUAUACAUAUAUAUUUAUAUCUCUAUAUCAUUUAAAAUUUCUACUGAAAAUGUCACAUAUUUGUAUAUAAUAUUUAAAUUUUUGGUAAGAAUUCAAAUGCACAUGUAUAUUAUCUGUUUAUAAAAAAGCACUUGAUAGUGUUAGUUCAUUGUUUUAGUUAAAUUUUUACUUUAUUUACUUAAAUUUUUUUAUUAUUAGACUAAAGAAAAUUGAUUUAAUAAUUUCUUCAUAAUGUGGUUUGUUUGGUACGGGAUUAUGAAGAAGAUGAUAAACAGAAAUUAUAAAGAUAAGGACGCAAAUAUUAAACUUCGCAAUUAUUAUAAACGUAAUAUAGAACAAUUAGUUCAUGUAAAAAAUUUAAAGAUUGUUCUAUUUGCAAUCAUUAUAAAAUUCAAAUUGAUACAUGAAUAUUAAAUACCACUUCUAGAUCCACAAGCCAGGUUCGGAUGUUUAUUCUAUCUGUUUUUAUAUAAAUCUAGAAUGUCCGAUCAUAACUCUGCCUAUUAAUUAUUGCCAGAAUAUAUUGUUAUACAGUAGCACAUUCUUUGGAGAGUGCCAUUUUCCAUACAGUGCAUUAAUUAAGUAAUAAUAAUGCUAAUUCUUUAAAUCUUGAAUGUGGCCUGGAAUACAUUUCAACUUUUGAAUGUAGCCGUGAAUUAUAAAUGUGAAUGGUUUGACUGUUAUAUUCGUAGCUUUUGAGUUAUAAAUAUUUAUAUAAUAUUUGUUUUUUUAUGAUUAAUUGCGAAACUUAGACAAUAUGAUGAGUAUUAGAUUACUUUCCUAAAAAUUCAAACGAAUCAUAUAAUAUAUUUGUAAUUUUAUAAUCUUGUUUGAUGCUUUUAUGUAUUUUUAUGUGUAUUAAGUUCUGUUAAAUAGUUUCCAUAUAUUAGAUUUUAGCAACUAUCAUGAUGCAUUGAAUAAGAUUAUAGUAUUUAACAUACCCUCUUAAGACUAUCUAUUUUAAUUUUUAAUUACAUUGAUGUUAUCUGUAUUGUAUUUUAUUAUCAUUUUCUAAAUUGCAUAAUAUUCUGUCACAUUGGAGCAAUUUGGGAAAUAUUGUAAAAUGCUGAUUUUUGUAACAUAUUUUACAUGAACAUAUUUUGCUUAUAUAUAUUUUAAUACUAGUUUAUUAUAUAUAAAUUUUAUUAAUAGUUGAAUUCAUCAUGACUUUAUAAAUAUCAAGCAAAGAAAUAUUUUCUGAAAAUUUCAUUUAUGUAAAUAUGAAUUUGGUUGUAAUUGAGUUAAAUUAAUUUUCAAAACUUGACUAAAAUGUACAAGCUGCAUAAAAAAUAAAUGUCAUGAUUACCACUAUGAGAUUCUAUACCUCUGGAUCGGUGAAGAUUUGUUGAAAAAAGUUCCUGUAAAAUUUACCUUGACCUUGAAUUUCAAAAUCAGAUUUUGUUUUACUUACGACAUAUUCUACUUAUCACGAGGAUUAAAUUUUUCAAAGAAAUCACGGGUCGAAACUCAAUCGUUCUCUUCAAAAAUAAUAUUUAAAAGCCAUCAAAAUUAAGCCAUGAAGUUAGAUGUGUUAUUUUAUAUAGGAUGGGUUAUCUCACGUGCUAAGGAAUAACUUUCUGUUUUCUCAUUAAUAUCACGCUAUUUACUUCUUAUCUGACUAAGAAAGAUAAAUAAUAAAUAAUGUCAAUAGAAAAGCCAAAGGAGCUGUAACAUCAUUUUCCAAGGGAACAGUUGAGUUUCAAUCAGUGGUUCCUAUAACAAGUUUAGUUCUUAUAAUGAAUAGAAUAUGAUGCACCAAAAAAAAUUGACCUUGAUAUUUAAGGUCACGGUCAAUUUUGCUGCAACUUUAUUUAACAACUUUUUUAAGCAAAUGGUGGUCAUGACAUUUAUUUUGUAUGAACUCUGUACAUAUUUGCAUCAUUAUGAUAUCGUAAUUUGAUUUUAAUUGUUUAAUAUACAUAUUUACCUAUUAAUUCUCUAUACUCCAAGCUUGACUUAUAAGUAUAGGAUUAGUAUCUGUGAUGUUAUUGCAUACUUCUCAUGCAUUAGCAGGAUAAGGUACACUUAUGGGAGUUAAAGAACUAAGUAUUUCAUAAUUUUGCCUUUAUCAUGUUCAACAUCCAGGACACCUUCCACAGUUAUAAAUGAAAAAGUAUUUUACUCGUUAAAAUCAGAUUUAUCCCAUUAGCAAUAAAGAAUAAUGUGCAAAAAUAGCAAAUUUGCAUUAUUCAAUAAAUGGUAUAUUUUCCUUGUUUAGAAAUAUUACUAUUGAUAAGAAAAGUGCUUGUUCGAAGUUAUUAGUACAAAAGUUAAACUAAUUUAGUAUAAUUAGAAAAUUAAAAUAAUAAACGUAAUAGCAGGAAAGUUUGUAUUCAAUUACUUUUCAAAGAAAGAUUUGGUGAACUUGUAGAACCAUUCCGUCCUUUCCGAUUUCUAUAAUUUUUGAAUAUUUUGUAAAGAACAACAUUUUGAAUAACUUUUUCGUACACGUGUAACGGGGUCGGUUUCACUUAUUUUACAAGAUAUUCGCAAAAAAUUGCAGGUACCACUAGAGUGUAUUUCUGUUUAUUGUUGUGCGUCUGUGGCUGCGUAUGCGUUAGUGUUGAUUGCAGGCAGCCUAUUUUUGGUUUAUAAACAAAUAUCUACAAUAUAUAUCCGAAACUGCAAGAAUUGUCUCUUAUAAUUGACUUAAAAAUGAAUAUCAUCAACGUAUUGAGUUUGGAUUAAUUUUCGUAAUUUGGCCGCCACGAAUCUGGUAACGCUUGCGUGAAAUAAUAACAAAUUAAUUACAAAAGUAAUAGACGAAUGAAUAAUUGGUACUAUUUUACAAAAUAAAAUAAUCGUUAUAUUUCACGGUAUCCGGCUGUCUCGCAGUGAUAUUGAAAAGUUUAAUCCAAACUCAGAUCCUACUCAUUAAUGAUAUUCACUUUUAAUUGAGUUAUAACUUAUAAAAAGACUGCAUUUCUUACAGCUCUGUUUAUGUACGUUGUGCACGGGGUUUUUACGCUCGUCCAACUCUCUUUUAUAAACAGAAAGAUAAGCAGCCGGCAAUCGGCAACUCAUACUAACGCAUAUGUUGUUACAGAUGCACAACUACGAACUCUGUAGUGAUACCUGUAGUUUUUUGCGAAUAUCUCGGAAAUUAAGCGAGACCAACAGUAAUAUAUAUAAAGAACAAUUGCUCAAAAUGUUGAUUUCUCAAAGUUCUACGAGUUCACCAAAGAUUUGUUUAUCUUGAUUAUAAAUGUAUAAAAUGAUAUACGAAUUCAUAGUAAAUAAAAUUUUUUAAAAAGUGUA